AAACGCCGUAAAACGAUCCUAAUAUCAAUAUCUGUUUGACUACGCCUAACACCGAGAAGAAGACUGUCGAUAUUUCUGUCCAUGCACUGUUAGCAGUAGACAAGUAACAAUGGAGGACACUAACUAUGAUGAUCUUGAGGAUCUUCCACUAGUCCGACCUUCCAUACCGGAAGUUGAAAUUGAAGAACGGGUGACUCGAAAGAAGGUUUUCGCGGUUGCAAUCCUUCUCUCUGUUAAUCUACUGAAUUAUGUGGAUCGUUUCACUAUAGCCGGAGUCCUGGGUAGACUGCAGGACUAUUUUUACAUGAAUGACAAAGAAGCUGGAAUAUUGCAGACGGUUUUCAUCGUUUUUUACAUGGUUUUUGCUCCUAUUUGUGGAUAUCUUGGUGAUAGAUAUAAUCGCAAGAUGAUAAUGAUUACUGGUUUGACCAUUUGGAUUGUUGCAGUGAUUCUAUCAACUUUCGUUGGAAGAGAGCAGUUCUACCUCUUCGCGUUUUUACGUGGAGUUGUGGGUAUCGGUGAGGCAUCAUAUUCUACCGUUGCUCCAACAAUCAUUGGUGAUAUGUUUUACGGAUCUUUAAGAAGCACUGCCCUCAUGGUUUUCUACUUUGCCAUACCUGUUGGAAGUGGCCUCGGCUUUAUCGGCGGCUCAUCAAUCGCUCUUUGGACCGGCAGCUGGCAGUGGGGUGUCAGGUUUACCCCUUUUGUCGGUCUUAUCUUCUUGAUUCUUAUCAUCCUUGGACUUGAAGAACCCGCACGAGGGCAAGUUGAACAUGCCGAGAUAGAGCCCAGCACGAUGCUGGAAGAUCUGAAGUACUUUGCUAAAGUUCGAACAUAUCAGUUAACUACCCUCGGAUUCACCUCUGUAGUAUUUUGUACGGGAUCUGCCAGUUGGUGGACACCUCAGAUGAUGACCUUCGCUUAUGGAAUUCAACAUAAUCUAGACGAUGUCCCGAAAGAUGAAGUGACGCACAUCUCAGUCACCUUUGGGGUAAUCACUUGUUGUGCAGGAAUCAUUGGUAUCAUAGCUGGUUCAACCAUAGCCCAGGCGUGGCGUGAGGGCAAAUGGUGUUUCCGCUCAUCACAUAGGGCAGAUCCUUAUGUAUGUGCUGGUGGGUCCCUCCUCGCUGUUCCUUUCCUGUACAUAGCCCUCCUUGUCGGCAGUCACUCGCUAAAUGCGGCGUGGAUCUUCAUGUUUUUGGCGGUCACUAGCAUGUGCUUCAACUUCGCGAUAAAUAUGGAUAUUCUAAUGUAUGUGAUCGUUCCGAAUCGCCGUGCUACAGCAACUGCAAUCCAGUCUUUAUUCUCACAUCUAUUCGGUGAUGCCUCCUCACCAUACAUCAUUGGAUUCAUCUCGGAUAGUAUAAGAGGCGAUCGUACUACAUCCCUGGCGAGGUAUUACGCCUUACAAUACGCUAUGUUUUUACCUAAUGCAGUCUUGAUAAUAAGCAUAGGGUGUUAUCUGUGGGCGACCUUUUACGUUGUCAACGAUCAUCACCGAGCCAAGGAAGAUAUGCACGUAGAAGAUGAGUGGAGUAGUGAUGUUGAAACAUUAGCGUCGAACUCUAACUAUAAACGCUUCAGGUCUAUGAUUGAUGCAUGUCUGGAUACUGGUCAUCACUACCACCCUUGCAACACCUUUUCAGUUUAG